AUCUCUAAAUAAAUGGCUACCGCUGUCCUUUUUCAAGCGUGCGUCGCUUUCAGAAAAACCUCUUCGAAUCUUUGAACCGAAUCAAUGUCUUCUGAAAAUGACUCGCUGAAGGACUCGAAUCGCCGCGCGCUCGCGACGCCUGCCGGUCACAAAAACCCGGGUCAAACGCGCAUAAAAGGAGCUUUUACAACACGAUUGCAAAGCUUGAAAGUAUAUUUUGAUUUCAAAGACUUUUUACGUCCCACUGCAUUUUUAGUAACUACUACCACAUCAUAUUUAAAAAUUAAGCUGAGGGAUAAUUCGACCAAAAAUAAUUUUUAGGCAAACUAUCCUUUAAUUAAAAGUAUUAUCUUAUACUCUAACACGCUUAAGGCGCCGAUGAAUAUUACUGCUGCAUUUUACUUCUGAAUAUGUUAAAAGUCGUGCACUUCAUAUAUUUUUGGGUUUAAUAUACAAUAAUGCGUCGUUUUUGUCUUUCUGUCCAGUGGGAGAAAAAAAACUUUGUACUUAAUUUUUAGAGAAUAUUUAAUAAAACGCACUUCCUUGCGGUCCACCACUGAUUAUUUUGAAAAUGAAACAUUUUUUAGAGUAUCUAAAAAUGUGUGCGUUUUAGUUUUUUUAUGCAUCGAUACAUAAUAAAAGCAAGCCUCUCGCAAAUGCAUGCAUUUAAGUUUGUAAUCCGGCAAUUAAAAGAUUCAGCGCACCAACGCACUUUACCCGCCCUCUCGACUGAGCUUGAGCUGCAUUGCCGUCUCCUCCUGUAUGAUGGAAAACAAACAUGAAAACGACGAAACCUGGCAACACCUGUGCUGAUAGGACGUGAUCCGGAGCACCCGGCGAGGGCGGAGCGUCUCGCGCACUUCGGAGGCGUGAGGAUCGAAAUGCAUGCGUUCAGAAGUACAGCACGGUACAGUAAGGGCGCUCAGCUCAUAUUCUGGUCGGACUCUUGCUUCGUGUCUUUUGGGAGAAGAGCGUGUGGGAAGUUUCACCAGACACAGUGAAAUGGCAGAAGCCAGUAUCUCUUGGGCCGAGGAUCAGUUCUGCUGUCCGGUGUGUCUGGAUCUGCUGAAGGAUCCAGCGGCGAUUCCCUGCGGACACAGUUACUGCAUGCGCUGCAUCUCGGACGUCUGGGAUCAAGACGAUCAGAAGGCAACCUACGGAUGUCCCUUGUGCAAGCAGACCUUCAGUCCGAGACCCGCUCUAAGCAAGAACGUGGUGAUUGCUGAAAUGGUGGAGAAACUGAGGGCGACGAGACCCCGGGCGGCCGCUCCAGCCGCAUCUGGAGAUGUUCGCUGCGACUCCUGCGCCGAGAUUAAACGGACAGCUGUGCGAUCGUGUCUGGAGUGUCGCAGCUCUUACUGCCAAGAGCACCUCGAACAGCACGAGAAUCUCUUCAGGAGUAAAAAACACAGCCUGAUGGACGCCAACGGACGACUGCAGGAGAUGGUCUGCUCUGAACACGAUAAAAUCCUGGACGUUUAUUGCCGUACCGAUCGGCGGUGUAUCUGUACGAUGUGCCUGGUGGAUGAACACAAAAAUCACGACGCCGUCUCAGCUGUAGAGGAACGGAAAGAGAAACAGGGGUAUCUCGAGGAUGCGCAGAGAAACGUCCAGAAAACAAUCCAGCGGAAAGAGAGAGAUCUCCUGGAGCUGAGAGAGGCCGUGGAGUCUCAUAAGCGCUCUGCUCACGAAGCGGUGCAGGAGACUGAGAGGAUCUUCACCCAACUCGUCCUCUCCAUUGAGAAAUGCCGCUCUGAUGUGAAGCGGCUGAUCACCGAUCAGGAAAGAGUUGCAGUGAGUCGAGUUGAAGAACAGCUGGAGCGAGUGAAGCUGGAGCUCAGUGAUCUGAGGGGAAGAGACGCCGAGCUCAAACGGCUUUCAGAGACACAGGAUCACGUUCAUUUCCUCAAGAGUUUGCCGUCUGUGUCUUUCUCUGAAUCUACAGACGGCUUCACGCUCACUAAUCAUUCUUUUGACGACGUCGUGAAAUCGGUCUCUCAGCUCGGAGACAGACUGCAGCAGUUCUCCAUAGACGAGGCAGAAAAUAUCUCGAAAAGAGUAAAAACCAUCCAGGUCUUUCAGACUACUGAAUGCCAGUUACCACAAGCAAUACCAUGGUGCGGUUAUUGUUACUACAGUAAAUCCAUGGUAAAUGAUGGGGACUUAGUACCAGAGAAAUGACCAGAGACCCUUCUGAAAAUGUCCUGAAUGGGAGAGAGGCUCGGACUUUGAAGAAGGCCAUGAGCUGCUGUAUGGCCAGGGCAUGUUCUGGCACUACUGCAGCCCUCAUUUGAGCUGCUCCCAGGAACAUAAUCCAUUGGCUGGGGAAAAAGCAAGCUCUCUGCGAAAUUGACCGUGAGCCCCAGGCCUGAAGUGGAGAAGAGACCUGUGGGAUACUACUUCAGGUUCUGGCCGGUCUGGAACAAGCCAGGCAUUGAGGCAGUUCAGAAUGCAAGUUCCCAUCUGCCCUAGAGGUUGUCAUUUAAGGUAAUCAUUCUAAAUGGCUGUUUCACGAUGGCAUAAUUCAGGUGCCAUAGGAUAAGGAUGGGAUGGAGACCACCAUCCUUUUGGGGAUAAAGUACAGCAAUGGCUGUAGAAGCUUAAGUCAUUUUGAGCCAGCAGAACAAUCGUAACAACCAUAGGGCUCAAUAGUGUGGUGGGAACCAUGCCGCUGAAGCGCAUGGUCUUCGAAUGAAUUGAAGUGAGUGACCUUGUUUUAUUAUCUCCAAAAGCCACUUUACAUUUAGUAGACGCUUUUAUCUAAAGCGACUUACAGUUGGGGAGAAAUAAAGCGUUUCAUCAUAAAGAUGCAGACAAAAAUGAGGAAGUGCUCGCAACACCAGCCUCUGACAUUGUUCAAAUAAGUACAAGCUGGAGAGUAAGUACAAGAGGAAGGUUUUAUGAUGCAUUGAAAUAGGGAUCCAGCAUUCAGGAUGGGGGUGAAAAGGUCAUUCCACUAGCCAGGGACUAUAAAUAAGAAUGUCCUGGAGAAUGAUUUUGAGCCUCUCUAUGAUAGCACCAUAAGGCAUCGCUCAUUAGCUGAUCUCAGACUUCUGGAGGGGAUGCAGAUUAGUAAUAGUGAGUGGAAGUAGACGGAGACUGAGCCUGUGGCUGUUCUGUGUGCAAGCAUCAGUGUCUUGAAUUUGAUGUGAGCUGCAACCGGUGCAAGGAGAUAAAGAGAGGUGUAACAUGGGCUCUUUUGGGCUCGUUGCAGACCAGUCGCGCUGCUGCAUUCUGACUAUUUUUUAGAGGUUUGAAGAGGAAGCCCAGCCAGAGAAAUUACAAGGGCCUGGGCUUUGGAGUAGUGUUGCAUCACUCAUCAUUUGCAUCAAAUUGAAGAAUUCUGAACUUUGUUGUGUUGCUGGCCACUCCCCAUCCAUCACCAGCAGCCACUGUUGUUUGUGUCUGUAGAAAGCCAUCCACUGAAAUAAAUAGUAUUGUGAUGCGUGUAGCUUGUAGUUUGAACGGGGCUAAAGGAAUAUGCACGGGCUGAGAGGCGAGACUCCAUCUCUAUGAGCAUGGUUUCCAGGCAAGAGAUGUACUUGCUGAGGCCAGCAUGCAGGGGGAACCGGCCCAGGGUUAAAAAGAGACUUUAUGGCCAUAGGCUUGUGCAGCUCUGCUGCCUUUCCAUUUUAUUUUUUUUAUUUUUUGUUUACUGCAGGGUAAACCAAUAGGCAAAAAAGACUUCAGUAAUCAGAGAAAAUGGGGAUUUCUCAUCAUGUCUAGUAAUGCAGUAGAAGUAUAUAUGAAGUAUUUCAAUGUCAAACAUCAUUAUGUUUAGGUUAUUAAAAUCAUAUUAACACUUAUUUAAUCAUGAACAAGUAACUGAAAAUGGUUUAGCAUUUAUCAUACGAAUAAAUUAUAAUAUCACUUUCAAAUUAAAUUAAACUGUUACCUGGCAUGAAUAA